UCUGGUCCUCCCAUUCUCACUGCGCAUGCGUGGCUCAGGGAGCGCGCAGCGUGGCGAUCAGCUGUGCGCUGUGUCCCUUGGACACAGCGGAUCACCGAUCACGGAAAGAGCCGAAGAUGUCAGCUCGGUCAUGUGAUCAUCUGUGUCAAAUCACAGCUGAUCACUGAUCAUCAGGGCACUGAUGAUCAGUGUGCCCUAAUGAUCAGUGUAGCCCCAGCAGUGCCACCUGUCAGUGUCCAUCAAUGCCUUAUGUCAGUGCCACAUCAGUGCUACAUAUCAGUGCACAUCAAUGCCACAUAUCAGUGCCCAUCUGAGCUGCCUUUCAGUGUCACCCAUCAGUGCCAGUCAGUGCCACCUAUCAAUGCCACCUAUCAGUGCGCAUCAGUGCCACCUAACAGUGCCAGUCAGUGCCGCCUAUCAGUG